UAAAUUCAACACUGUGACAGGAAGAACAUCACGGGACUCAUUGCACGAAGUAGAUUAAUAAAAUAUUACCUGUUACCUAUCUGUACACAACUGUAAUUUAAGACAACAUGUCUAGGCAAUCGAACAGAGCCACAGACAGCAAGAAGAUGAAUUCAGAAUUAUUCACUCUCACCUAUGGAGCCCUGGUCACUCAGCUGUGUAAGGACUAUGAAAAUGACGAGGAGGUGAAUAAACAACUGGAUAAGAUGGGAUACAAUAUCGGCGUGCGUCUGAUUGAGGACUUCUUGGCACGGUCAAGUGUGGGGAGGUGUCAAGACUUCCGAGAAACAGCCGAUGUCAUUGCAAAGGUAGCCUUCAAGAUGUACUUGGGUAUCACCCCCAGCGUGACCAACUGGAGUCCUGCUGGAGAUGAGUUCUCUCUUAUCCUUGAAAGCAACCCUCUUGUGGACUUUGUAGAGCUUCCUGAUAACCACAGUAAUCUGGUGUACUCCAACCUUCUCUGCGGAGUCCUGAGAGGAGCUCUUGAAAUGGUUCAAAUGGCAGUGGAUGUGCGAUUUGCUCAGGACACGCUAAGAGGUGACAGCGUGACAGAAAUUCGCAUGAAGUUCAUCAAAAGGAUUGAGGAGAACAUGCCAGCUGGGGAUGAAUAAGGUGUUUAGCUGAGAUAUACUGGCCUCUUUGACCCGAGGAACUUUUUAUGUUGGGAUGGGCACCAAAAACCUUCUUUGUUUGUCUAGAAAUGAAACAACGUCUUCGAAAACCUUACAACAAUCCAGUUCAUCUUAAAAAAAAAAAAUGUGCUGCAUCAAGAAUGCUAUCCAGAGUUCACCACUGAGAAGGUUCUCUGUUGCUGCUGUUAGUUUUCCACCCAGAUGUAUUGCCCAGUUCACCAAGGAUUUCAUGUUCUUUCCACCUGGCCCAUGUUUUAUUUUUUUGUUUCAGGCAGAUGGCGCCAAUACUUUCACAAUAUGUAAAUACAUAAAUUUGGCUCCUUUUUGUUUCAAUUUGUCUCCAAUGAAUUUUUGUUACUCUUUAGUUUUUUCAGGCAUCCAACUUGGGGCAUAAUGCACACAAGGUUUAAUUUAUUUAGUUGUGUAUCAUAAUCAGAUUGAAUAAAUCAUUUACU